AUUGCUGCCGGUGCAUCGUUAGCCAUCGUGAUCACCAUCAUCGUUGCGGCGGUUGUCGUGAGCAAGAAGAGCAGCAGCUCCGGCUGCACCAAUGAUCUGACGUGCAACUUGGACAGCAUAAGUAGCAGCAGCAUUCCCGCCGGCGCGCCGGACUAUCUGAACCCCUUCACCUGGUACGACACCAUCGACUUCAACCUGACGUACACGGACGCCAUGGUCGGCGACCUGCCCAUCAUGGGUCUCAACUCGACCUGGGAUGACUCCAACGCCCCAAACAGUAUUGUCCCCGCCCUCAACGAGGACUGGGGCUCCUACGCGUCCCGGCCCGCCCGGGGCGUCAACCUCGGUGGUUGGCUGUCGAUCGAGCCGUUCAUCGCCCCCGACCUCUUCGACUACGACGACUCCCUCGGCAUCAUCGAUGAGUACACGCUAUGCACGUAUCUCGGGGCUACGGCGUGCAGUUCGACUCUUGAAAAGCAUUACUCCUCCUUUGUAACCGAGUCGACGUUCGCCGAGAUAGCCGACGCGGGCCUUGACCACGUCCGCAUCCCUUAUUCCUACUGGGCGGUCCAGACCUACGAUGACGACCCUUACCUCUUCCGCACCUCGUGGCGGUACUUACUUCGCGCGAUUGAAUGGGCGCGCAAGUACGGCCUCCGGGUCAACCUCGACCUGCACGCCCUCCCCGGCAGCCAGAACGGCUGGAACCAUAGCGGCCGCCAGGGCCCCAUCGGCUGGUUCAACGGGACCAACUCGACGCAGAAUGUCCAGCGCUCCAUCGACGUGCACGACCGCCUGUCCAAGUUCUUCGCCCAGCCCCGCUACGAGAACAUCAUCACCCACUACGGCCUUGUCAACGAGCCGCGCAUGACCUUCAUUGCCGCCUCUGAGGUCAUCAACUGGACCACCACCGUCUACUCCAUGCUCCGCGAGAACGGCCUACCAAACAAGACCAUCGUCGUCUUCGGCGACGGCUUCCGCGGCCUGGACGCUUGGCAGGGCGAGCUGACGGGCUACGGCGACGGACUGGCCCUCGACGUCCACCAGUAUGUCAUCUUCAACAACGAGCAGAUCGUCUACAACCACUCUGAAAAGGUCACAUACGCCUGCGCGGGUUGGACUGAGCAGACCGAGCGGUCCAUGAACACGUCCACCGGCUUCGGCCCCACCAUGGUCGCCGAGUGGUCCCAGGCCGACACCGACUGCGCCACUUAUCUCAACAACGUCGGCUGGGGCAACCGGUGGACAGGCACCUACAACACGGGCAAUUCGUCCGACCCCCUCGAGGCCCUGACGCCCCGCUGCCCGACCACCGACAGCAGCUGCUCUUGCACGUCCGCCAACAACGACCCGAGCACCUACAGCGAUGACUACAAGCAGUUCCUUCUGUACUUUGCCCAGGCACAGAUGGACUCGUUCGAGACCGGCUGGGGCUGGUGGUACUGGACGUGGUGGACAACCGAGGGGAGCUACCAGUGGAGCUACAAGCGCGGCCUGGAGGCGGGAAUCCUGCCCGCUAAGGCGUAUGAUCGAAAUUUCCACUGCAACUCGACCACAAUUCCGGAGUGGUACCCUGCGCUGCCAGAGACGUAUUAG